AUGGCAUUUACUAUUUUCAUGGAGUUGCUAACUGCAUUACUGUUCCUGCUGUCUGCCGCUACUGCAGAAGACACGCGGAUAUCUGGCGGGAAGCCAUGUGCCCCCCAUUCCCAGCCGUGGCAGGCAGGUCUUUUUUCUUGGUUUUCCAUUAAGUGUGGUGGUACCUUGAUCCACAAGUCUUGGGUGCUGACUGCUGCCCAUUGCAAAAUGCGAAGGCCGUUUUUUAUUCGCCUAGGAGAACACAACCUCAAGCGCAUCGACUGGUCAGAACAGCUUAAAGUAGCUUCUAAAGUGAUCCAGCAUCCUAACUAUGAUCCACAAACGAAGAACAACGACAUCAUGCUGGUUAAACUUCUGCUGCCGGCUUGUAUCAACGACAAAGUUCAAACUCUUCCUUUGCCCACCAAUUGCCCAGUGCCUGGGAUGGAAUGCCUUGUGUCAGGAUGGGGCACAACAACAAGCCCACAAGUGAAUCUUCCCAAGGACUUGCACUGUGCAAACAUCUCCAUCAUCGAUCAUCAGGUUUGCCAGUCCCUCUACCCUAGUUACAUCACUGAGAACAUGGUAUGUGCCGGAAGAAUGGAAGGUGGUACAGAUUCUUGUCAGGGUGACUCAGGUGGUCCCCUUGUUUGCAACGGGAGACUGCAAGGGAUCGUGUCCUGGGGUCCCCAAGUAUGCGCACAACCAAAUAAACCCGGAGUCUAUGUUAAUGUCUGCAAAUAUGUGGAUUGGAUCCAAGAAACUAUCCGCAACAAUUGAUGAAUGGGUAGCUCAGGAGA